GUGUAGUUUCCUACCUUACUAAUGUCUCUGAUCAGAUGGUAUCUCCGGUCCAUGAGUGGCAAGACCUAAGCUAUCACUGGACGCAUAAAGGACUUUGCUAAAUUAGCAGAGACAAGGAAAAUGGCGACCACAUUAGAUGGGACUGAGACUGUGGGUGAGGCUGAAGGAACCACACCUUAUGACUAUGAUGGGUCACUGCCAUGUGAAAAAAUCAACAUCAAGAUGCUGGCGGCCCAGUUCCUGCCCCCACUGUAUUCUCUGGUGGUCGUGAUUGGUCUGCUGGGCAAUCUGAUGGUGGUGGUGAUCCUCACAAAAUACAAGAGGCUCCGGAUUAUGACCAACAUCUUCCUGUUCAAUUUGGCAAUUUCUGACUUGCUCUUUCUUUUCACUCUGCCAUUCUGGAUUCACUACGUUUGGCGGGAUGAGUGGGUUUUUGGCCAUCACAUGUGUAAGUUCCUCAUUGGGCUUUGUUACACGGGCUUGUACAGCGAGAUCUUUUUCAUCAUCCUGUUGACGCUAGACCGGUAUCUGGCCAUCGUCCACGCUGUGUUUGCCCUUCGAACCCGGACCGUCACUUUUGGCAUCAUAACCAGUGUCUUCACCUGGGGCCUGGCAGGGCUAGCAGCCCUCCCUGAAUUUAUCUUCCAUGGGUUCCAAGAGGAAUUUGGUCAGUAUGUCUGCCUUCCUUUCUACCCAGAAACAGCAGAAAAUAUCUGGAAGAGUACCCAUGUUCUGAGAAUGAAUAUCUUGAGUCUCGCUCUGCCUUUGCUCAUUAUGGCUGUCUGCUACUCAGGAAUCAUUAAAACACUGCUGAGAUGCCCUAACAAGAAAAAGUACAAGGCCAUCCGGCUCAUUUUUGUCAUCAUGGUGGUCUUUUUUGUUUUCUGGGCACCUUACAACCUGGUUCUCUUUUUCUCCACUUUUCAAACAACCUUCCUUGGGACCAGCUGUGAUCAGAGCAAACAGCUGGACAUGGCCCUGCUGGUGACAGAGAUGAUCGCCUACACGCACUGCUGUGUCAACCCUGUGAUCUACGCAUUUGUUGGCGAGAGGUUCCAGAAGAACCUCCACCACUUUUUCCACACGUACGUGGCCAUCUACCUGUGCAAAUACAUCCCAUUCCUUCCUAGUGAGAAAUUGGAAAGAGCCAGCUCUGUAUCCCCAUCAACAGGGGAGCAGGAACUCUCUGCUGCAUUUUAGGUCAGAUGCAGAAAAUCGCCUCUAGAAGAUGCGCUGGGCAGAUGAAGCAAACACAUUAAGUCAAUCACAUUGACCUCUACGCCAGUCCUUUGAACUUCCAGUGCAACACUGAAGCACUUGAAGACAUUAAAAUAUGUACACAAAGGUGGCAGUGUAUUUAUGCACCCCAAAGUCAUUACCAAAGGUCAAAGGCUGGGCAGUUGACUAAUCAUCAACCCUUAAAAGUAGAGCUUUGCUUGAUUCUCUGAAGAUUUACAGACAUUUUAAUGCAUCUGAAUGUUAGAUAGUUACUAUAUGCAGCUACAAAUGGGUAAAACUCUUUAUAUUUUAAAACUUCA